AUGGACAAGACUUUGGACGAGAUCAUCUCUUCGCACCCCAAGGGCAUUCGUCGCUCUUCUUCGCGCCGCAUCAAUACGGGAAAGUCCCAAAUUCUUGGAAGUCCCGCCAGCGCACCCGUGACUCGCGCACGCGCUGCCGCCGCCGCCACCAACGGGGCUAAGGGCGCCACGGCAGCACCUACCGCCCAGCAACCCGCCGACAAAAUUAUCGUCUCCAAUUUGCCCCCGGAUGUGAACGAAGCGCAAGUCAAGGAGCUUUUCCACACCAUGAUUGGUCCCCUCAGAGAGGUCACCCUCCAUUACGAUGCACAGGGUCGCUCUAAGGGUGUCGCGGCCGUCCAAUUCCAGAGGCGUGGCGAUGGCACCAAGGCCUACAACCAGUACAACAACCGGCUUAUCGAUGGAAAACGUCCCAUGAAGAUUGAAAUUGUACUCGACCCGUCGCGGCCGACGCCACCAGCGUCACUGGCAUCUCGCGUUGCGCCUGCGCCUGCUGCAGCUGCACCUACGGAGGGUGCGAGGACUGGUGGCACACGCCCGAGACGUGGAAGGGGUGGAGGUGGGGGAGGACGGGGUCGCAAGAAUGAGCGGCCGGCCAAGAGUGCUGCUGACUUGGAUGCUGAGAUGGAGGAUUACACUGCGAGCAACGCUACUGCUGCUGCUUAA